UAUUAGAAAAAUUUGAGUUGGUUGGUCAGAAUAUAUAAAACAGCAGGAUGAAUCGAUCUCGAAGAGCAACUUCUGCCAACAACAAAUCAUUUGUUUCCGGAGGAAUCUAUAACCCGAAUGCCACGGCCAAGCCCUUGAUUCAACCGCCGGCAAACCCUCAGCCGCAGGCAUCUGCAGUCUCGGUGCCAGCCCCAACUCCAGUGCCGGCUCCAGUCGCAGCUAAAGAAACGCAGACAAAGAAAAAAGAGGCACCGGCAGCAGUUAGUGCCUUGCCUCUUCCAAUAAUUGUCAAGGAUGAACCAAUUCCCAUGGCCGAGGACGAGUCGUCGCCCGUUGAAAGCGCUAGCGAAGGGUUUUACAUCGAUAUAAGCGCCGAAAAUGGCAACGGAGGAAAGAUCCCGUUCAAGAAGAUUUUCCAGAAGCGCAAGAAGUCAUCGGAGCGCACUCGCGAUAAGAAGCAGCGCCAAAAUCGCCAGCUCCGCAAGUCGAUGCUGCCGAAAAAUGCUUUGAUGGCUCUCAACGAAUUGAAGGGCAUUAACAUAAGUGAUUUUACCAUCAACAGCAAUCCUGAUGGCGGAUUCACUGCCAUUGUCACGGUCAACUCGAACCAGUACCAGGGAAAGGGGCUUUCCAAGAUGUCGGCCAAAAAUUUGGCCUGUGAGCAUGCUCUGCGUGAUUAUAUCAUUGCCAAAAUGAAGCCAAAGCCGCGCAGGCCCAAGCCGAUUGUUGAGGAAGUCCAGCCAGCGACUGUCUCCGAAUCCAUGGACACCAAUGAAAGCGACACUGAAUCGCCCGAAGACGAAUUGCCAAUGCUCAAUUUGGCAUCAUUUGCCAUAUACAAAUUAUUCAGCGAGUGGGAGCGCGACGGUUACGUUGUGCCCGAAAUGCAUCCAUCGGCCAAUGCACAGCCGCAGCAGGGGGACGCCAAUGCAGCAGUCCCCGUCCUCCCCAAGGAGCCGAAGAAGCCACCAGUGCGUGCUGAAUUGCCCCCAAACUGGCAGACCAUGCACCCGGCCACAUUGCUUUGCAUUAUGCGUCCUGGAAUUUCGUAUGUGGACUAUGGCACCGCUGGCGACAAGCCCAACGUGCCCCAGUGUCUCGGUGUGAUCGUUGACAACCAGGAGUUUACGGCCAAUGGGCGCUCAAAGAAAAUCGCACGUCGCAAUGUGGCCGUCAAUGUUUGCAACACAUUGUUCGGUACCAAUUUCACAUAUGAAGAGUAUUGAGCAAGCAUCAGACUAACCUUUAUGUAUAGCAAGUGCAAAUUUUAUUCAUUUAAGUUGUGUCAUAGUAUCUGUUCCUAAAACGCCUAAUAAUUUGUACUUGGGUAUACUUAUUGCCGCGAUACACAACAUUUUGGCAGGAGGAUCGGUAACACAAUUAAUCCAACCCCUAGUGAAAAUGUUCUAUUAACCGUACGAGAAAUUAUAGAUGCUACAACUUGAAUGAAUACAUUUUGAGCUACUGUAUACCUAAAUGUUUAAUAAACGAAUAACCUUAUAUGUA